AUGUCUCUGGUUUACGUCAACGAAAAGUCUGGUUCUGACAGUGCUGAAACAGCAGGAACCGAGCAGCAACCAUUCCAAACACCAGCGUUUGCUUUGUUUGUUAAGCCGGAUGCCAAGGUUCUCGUCUACAAGCAAAAGGAAGAUUCUGAGGAUUUCGAAUAUGUAGAGAUCUCAGCCUCGGCUUUAAAGAAGGCCAAGAAGGGUGCUGAUGGAUUAAAGAAGAAACAAGAGAAGCAGCUCAAGUUGGCUGAAGAACAAAAGAAGAAGCAGGAAGAAGCUUCAAAGAAGAUGGCCGAAUUGGACUUGAUCAAGAUCGUCGAAGAUAAAUCGUUGCCUGAAGCCAAACGCAUCAAGUUGAGAUCUCUUCAAGAAAACAUCAACUCGCGUGUCACUGUUCAAGGUUGGGUUCACCGUUUGAGAUUGCAGAAAGGUGUUGCAUUCAUCACCUUGAGGGACGGUACCGGCUUCCUUCAAACUGUGUUGUCUGGAGACUUGGCCAAGGCCAGAAUCACCCAGGAAUUGACCUUGGAGUCCACUGUACUCAUUAAAGGUGUUAUCGAAAAAUUGCCUGAAGGUAAGACAGCUCCAGGUGGUGUUGAGUUGAAGGCUGACUACUAUGAGGUCAUCGGCUUGGCUCCUUCUGGUGAUGAAGCCUUCACCAACAAGGUCCAAGAAAACGCGGACCCUGCAUUGUUGUUGGAUCAACGUCAUUUGACCAUGAGAGGUGAAACUUUGUCCUCUGUCUUCAAAGUUAGAGCUGCUUUGUUGACCUCCAUGAGAAGAUUCUUCCAAGAAGAAGGAUUAACAGAGGUAACUCCUCCAUGCAUGGUGCAGACACAAGUUGAAGGUGGUUCGACAUUGUUUAAGUUGGACUACUAUGGUGAGGAAGCCUACUUGACACAAUCUUCCCAAUUGUACUUGGAGACUUGUUUGCCUGCUUUGGGUGAUGUUUACUGUGUUCAAGAGUCCUUCCGUGCUGAAAAGUCUCACACCAGAAGACACUUGUCCGAGUACACCCACAUCGAAAGUGAGUUGGCAUUUUUGUCUUUUGAUGACUUGUUGAACCACUUGGAAAAGCUUUUCACCACUGUCAUGAAGUAUGUUUUGGAGGACCCAGUCGCUGGCCCAUUGAUCAAGAAAUUGAACCCAGAUUUCCAAGUCCCACAAAUGCCAUUCAAGAGAAUGACUUAUGUUGAAGCUUUGGACUGGUUAAACGAGCAUGGCAUUCCAAACGAAGAAGGCUCUGCAUUCAAAUUCGGUGAUGACAUUGCUGAAGCUGCUGAACGUAAGAUGACCGACACUUUGAACGUUCCUAUUUUGUUGACUCGUUUCCCAGUGGAAAUCAAAUCUUUCUACAUGAAGAAAUGUGCCGACGACCCAAGAGUCACCGAAUCUGUUGACGUAUUGAUGCCAAACGUGGGUGAGGUCACCGGUGGUUCCAUGAGAAUUGAUGAUUAUGACGAGUUGGUUGCGGCCAUCAAGAGGGAGGGUCUCGACUUGGACGCUUACUACUGGUUUGUUGACCAAAGAAAGUACGGUACUUGCCCACACGGUGGAUACGGUUUGGGUACGGAAAGAAUCUUGGCUUGGUUGUGCAACAGAUACACUGUCAGAGAAUGCUCCUUGUACCCUCGUUUCAGCGGUAGAUGCAGACCUUAA